GCAGACUAGCGUCGCGGCAUAGGAAGUACAGAGCACGCCUUCGCAUCCCGCUUUGAUGCCAUGGAUGCAUAUCGCCGAGAUAAGAACCGAGAUUGCUCUUUCCUGCACACUUUUAUCAGAGAGAUUCUCAGGGCAUAGAGAGAUCUUUUACUCAUCCAUUGUGCGAUUGAGCGACUGAAAAUGGAUGGUAUCAAGGGGGCUAGUGAUAGGGUUGUCUCUGUUGAGGAGCACUCGGGUGAUGAGAUUCGGCCGGAAGAUGAGAGGGCGUUGGUAUGGCGACUCGAUAUAUUCUUCCUCGUCGUGGGGUUUCUGGGGUAUGCUUUCAAGUACCUUGAUCAGACAAAUAUCAGCAAUGCGUAUGUAUCUGGCAUGGAGACGGAUCUGAAGCUCUAUGGCAAUGAGUAUAAUUAUUUUACCACGUUCUUCAAUAUUGGGUAUAUGAUCAUGCUGUAUCCCUCGUGUAUCAUUAUCUCUCAUGUCGGUCCGUCGGUUUGGCUGCCUGCGUGCGAGGUGCUCUGGGGAAUCCUUACCUGCUGCUUGUCGACGGUCACAUCAGCAAAGCAGGUGUAUGGUCUGCGCUUUCUGAUCGGCUUCUUUGAAGGUGCAACAUGGCCUGGUUAUUUCACCAUCAUCAGUCAAUGGUAUCUUCCCCACGAGAUGGCUUUGCGCAUGAGCUUGUACAAUAUGGCCCAGCCUGUCGGGGCUAUGCUUUCCGGAGCCAUGCAGGGUGCACUCUCCACUAACCUGGAGGGCGCGUUGGGCCGGAGUGGUUGGCGAUGGGCGUUCAUCAUCAAUGGCGUCUGUACUAUCUUCAUUGCCUUGAUGGCCUUUGUCGCUUUGCCGGGUUUUCCGGAAAGGCAGCACCCGCUAUCGAAGAUUUAUCUCAAGCCCCGGCAUAUUAAAACCGCUAUCGCUCGCACGAAGCGAGUUGGCCGGAAACCCCAGAGCGGUAUUCGAGUGGGAAGCUUCUUACGCUGCUUCAAGUUUUGGCAUCUGUGGUUGUUCGCCAUCGCCUGGGCGAUUGGCACUGGUACCACCCCGACCAGCUACUUCAAUCUGUGGUUGAAGUCUUUGAAGAACCCGGAUGGAACCAAGAAAUAUUCUGUUGCGAUGCUCGACUACCUUCCGAUCAUCGGUCAGGCGAUCCAACUCGUUGCGGAGGUUCUCUUCAGCGGAUUCAGCGACUAUUUCGGGGUCCGACUGCCCUUCCUGCUCCUCCACUCGGCCAUCAACAUCACAUCCCUCAUCAUCCUGGUAAUCCAGCCGAGCAAUGAACACGCCUAUAUGGCAGGCUGGUACAUGAACCAUAUCGGAGCGGUGUCGACCAUGCUCCUGUGUGCAUGGGCAGCUGCCCAUCUGGAAAAGGAACCAGAAGUUCGAACCGUCCUAUUUGCCACGGGCACACUCUUCUCGUACCUGUUCAGUGCCUUCCUUCCGAUCGCUGCUUAUCCGGCGUCGGAAGCUCCCCAUUGGCGUAUUGGAGCGAAGUUAUAUCUUGGUCUUUCUUCCUUGGCGACUGUUCUGUUUAUUAGCAUCUAUUUUGCGUUCAGGUGGGAAGAGAAGAGGAGAGGGAAGCGACGAGAGGUUAAUGACUGGGACGGGGUUCCUGAGCGUGGUACUAGCGAGGAGAGUGCAUAG